UCCGACGUCACGUCUCCUCCCCAUGCUGCCUGCGCCCAUCGACUGCGCGCCAACGGGGCUCUCUUGCCGCUCCCAUCUUUCCCGCAUGCGAACCUGUGGUCCUGCAGUCGCUUCACGGGUCUGCGGAUGAGCGCAUCACCCCGCCCGGCCCCGUCACGAGCGAGCGCGCAGCCCCUGAACGCCGACUCCCUCCCCCUCCCGCCCCCCCCUUCACGGCGCCUCGCCCUCGGCAUCCGCUUCCCAACGUCGACUUCCCGAGACGACCUUGGCGCCCCGACCGCAACUGGCGCCACGCGAGAACCAUCAUGGCCCCGGCGUCGCCCUCGCCGAGACGGACCCCGACGGCCCGCCGACGCGGACGCCCGCCCGGCACCACGAACGCGGCCAGGGCAGCGAGGCAGGUGUCCCUCUCCGCCGUAGUGGCCUCCGAGCCACCCCCAAAGAAGCGCCGUUAUAUCCCUGGUGGUCCCGGCGGCGGCGGCCGCUUCGUCGAUGCCGAUAGUCUCGACACCCCCGCGUCGACCGCUGCCUCGGCCACCGUGUCAAGAUCCGGCAGAGCCGUCGCGUCGCGGAGCGCCCUCAACGGGGAGACUCCGUCGCUGCCGCGUCGCGAGAGGAGCACUCGCAUACGAGCAGCUGCCAGCGAGGACGCCGACGACGUAUCUUGGGGCUCUGCCGCCGCCAUGGCUGCUUCUGUCAAGCAGGCCGAGGACUACAAGCCGCGAGAGGAGCGCGGCUGGGAGGAAUUUCACCCCAACCUCGACAUUGAGAAACCCUUCAUGGUAUUUACGGCCGAUGACAUCGAUGGCUCCGUGCCGCCCGCCGCUCCCGGUACGCCAGCCGUGCAGACUCCGGCCACGCCCUUGGUGAACGGGUCCAUGACGCCCCUGAGGCACGUCAAUGCCGCCUCCACCGGCAAUACCCCGAAUCCCCAAGAGAAGCCCGAAAUUCCUCUCCCAGACGCGCAGUCUGGGACGCCUUCGAGACGCCCACGACGCCAGACCCGUGACGCUAUCAGCUUCUAUGGCGUGCGUCCUCUGGACCUUGCCCCGACACCGAAGACACCCAAGAUUCUCCCUAUACACAGCCAGACGGCCAAGGAGCGUCUUGACCUCAAAUUACCAUCCUACCGCAAAACGAAUCGCAUCGAGCUUUUCGAGAGCAAGACGUUUGGUCAGGCUCGCUACGUGGACAAGGCCAUGAGCAACGUCGGCUACCAGGAGAGCGACCAUUUCAUCCGCCAUGAUACGCUCCUCAUCAAGGCCAUUGAUGGCAAUGCCGAAGACGAAGUCGAAAUGUCGCCGCUCUCCAAGACCGAGGAGCACGCCCACCAUUCCAGGCUCGGGCGGGUCGAGUACGACAUGGACGAGCAAGACGACAUGUGGCUGGAGCAGUACAACGCCCAGCGUAAGCAUGGCGAGCUGGAGACCAUUACCAGAGAAAUCUUUGAAAUAACAAUGACCAAGAUCGAGAAGGAAUGGCACACGCUGGAGAGACGGAUACCGAAACCAAACCCCAAGCCGCCGCAGACACAUCGACCGCGUUCUGGGUCUGCCGCUGCCGUAAAUGGCGAGACCCAAGGCGCCGAAGAACCGGACAGCAAGUGUGCCAUUUGUGAUGAUGGUGACUGUGAAAACACCAACGCCAUCGUCUUUUGCGAUGGCUGCAACCUGGCGGUGCACCAGGAAUGCUACGGUGUUCCGUUUAUCCCCGAGGGUCAGUGGCUGUGCCGCAAGUGCCAGCUAUGCGGCCGCGGAGUUCCGACUUGCAUCUUCUGCCCCAACACAGACGGAGCGUUCAAGCAGACCAACUCAUCCAAAUGGGCACAUUUGCUCUGCGCCAUGUGGAUCCCCGAAGUGUCCCUGGGCAACCACACCUUCAUGGAGCCUGUCAUGGAUGUGGAAAAGGUGCCCAAGACACGCUGGAAGCUCAGUUGCUACAUCUGCCACCAGCGGAUGGGAGCAUGCAUUCAGUGUGGCAACAAGAACUGCUACCAGGCUUUCCACGUCACUUGCGCUAGAAAAGCCCGUCUGUUCCUUAAGAUGAAGACGAGCCACGGCGCUCUUGCUGUGCUGGAUGGCGGCAUGGUACUCAAGGCAUUUUGCGAUAGACACUGCCCGCCCGACUACUCCAAGGAGAACAACGUGCAUCAGGCGACGCGCGCGGCGAAGAAGUUCUACAAGCGAAACAUGAGGGGCCGUAUUUGGGCGGACAAUCACGCCAUGGCCAAUGUUAUUGCUGCGCAGCAUCGCAAUGCCAUUACGGAGCAUCCCCCUGACGAGUCCCAAAUGACAGGAGCCAAGAACUCGGCUGUCCUGGGCGACAAGAAGAAGGGCCAGGUGCCUAAAAAUGUGUGGAAGCUUCCCUCGGGCGCCCCCAUCAUUCCUCAGGCUGUUUUCGACGUGGUCGAGGCGUCUAUUCAGCGCUUCCCUUUCCGCAAGCGUAAGGAUUUCCUCAGCGAGGCGUGUCGUUACUGGACCCUGAAGCGAGAGGCCCGGCGUGGCGCGGCUUUGCUGAAGCGACUCCAAUUGCAAAUGGAGACGUUCUCUUCCAUGGAGCUCACGAGGCGGAAUUUUGCGUCAAUGGGACCCAGCGGCAAAGCGCGUCUAGCUCGCCGAAUCGAGUUCGCCCAAGGAAUCAUCAACGACUUGGAACAACUCAAAACUCUUGCAGAAGAUGUCGUUCAGCGCGAACAGAUCAAGGUCGACGCGGCCGAGCUGGAGCAGGAAUUUGUAGACGAAUGCUACUUUCCAGUGGCGCAGCUUCUCCCUCCCGCGAUCGAGAAGGCCGCAUCACUGGACAAGGACCUCUUCUCAAGUGGGUUGGAACGCAUCGAGAAGCGCGUCAGCGAGCGCUUCUACACAACGGCGCUUGCUUUUGCACACGAACUCGGUGAUGUGAUCAACGCAGGCAUUGUCACUAUCCCAGCGGUACAAGACGUUUUCGAGCCGCAGUUUGAGUCGACUGAGGCGGCGUCGUCCAAGGUUGCAUUUCUAGACAUACGUGAGAGACGGAAACUCGGCAAACGCAUCCUGAAGGCGGUUCAGCCAUAUCUCGAAACGGCCUUGCGAGUCGAGUCUGAAAUCUCGAACAAGCCGUUUGAAGCCCUGCAAAAGGAGCUCGAGGGCUUAAUCGAUGCAAGCCUUGACGCUGGCCGGGCCGCCACCGGGGCCGGGGUGGAGAAGCUUGAGGCUGACGAGGACACCAUCAUGGUGGACGCGCCGGACUCUUCUGAAAUCACAGUCAAGAGUUCUUUUAACAACGAUGACAUGCUGCAAGAUGCCGACGCCGACGCCGACGCCGACACCAUGGACACGGCCGAGGACGCCCAGGAGAAUGGUGACAACAUCGAGGUUAACACAUCCGGCUUCAGUAAGGAGGUAGACAAGGCAGAAUCGUCACCUCGAAAAAGCAAGCGCAGCGUCAUCAUGACGAGCAUUGAAUCGUCCGAGACACCUCCGGACAGCACUGGAUUCGUCCCUGCGGCUGGCCCAGAUCAGACCGGGCCGCCUACGCCGCCGCAGUCCAACGGUAGCUUCGGUAAGGAGCCAGCUGACCCGCUGGUCGAGGGCGGCGUUCUAUGGUACCUUAAAUCAAUGAAGCCUGAAGGCACGUCCAUCCUAGGAGAGCACUGGGCGGCCGGUCGAGACGCGGUGCGCAUGCUUAGUGAGGAUCUUACGGACCUCGACGACGAAGAGCUUAAGGGGCUCGGACGCGAUGUCGAUGAUUCCGUUACGGCUGCCGUGCUGGAUGCCGAGGCCGCAUCGUCUGCCGUUGCGAUAAAGAGCAAGGCCAAUGCGAAUAAGACACGGAAGCGGAGGACGUCUGGCAGGAGACGAUGAUGCUUUCGCCGCACAAUUGUACUACUACUGGAGGGUUUUUGUUUUUGUGGCUGGGCCCACCUUGGGACGGCCGGAGGAGGUGUGCUCUUUUUGGGAUGAUUGCGCGAUUGUCGCUCACGUGGUCACGAGCUUUGGCGUUCAAGGGGAUCAUAUUUCGGGUGUCAUGAGGGUAUCUGCUGCGGCCCCCGAAUUGGUCGCGAUGGUUGACUGGCGUUUUUUCUUCGUCCUUGCUUUCGGAGACCUGAGAGCUAAGCGCGUGGCUUUAGCUGGGGCCCGGAGGUAUUUUGGGCGUGGGUGGGAGGGAGACGGCCGUGAAUGCUAUAUAUACAUCCAUAGCUGUAGAGGGCCGGUCUGUAGAGACUAUUGACCGAGACACUUUGUACGAGAUCUAUACGCCGAAUCGCUGUCUGUUGAGCCCG